UUCGAAUUGUACGUUGGCCAUCCUGUUAUUUUUCGCGGCAACGCGGUAAUGAGACGCUAAAGCUCUAGAAAGCCCGCCGCAUCGCUGUAGUUGAGUCUUUGUACAUCUUAUAGCCAUCUUCUGAUAUUAAAACAAAAUGAGCAAAGGAAAGGAUUCAUCUCCUGGAGAAUCUGCAGGAGGGGAAGAAUUUAGCGUUGAGAAAGUUUUAGAUAGAAGGGUGGUUAAGGGAAAAGUUGAAUAUUUUCUAAAGUGGAAAGGAUAUUCCAAUGAAGAAAAUACGUGGGAGCCAGAGGAAAACCUUGAUUGUCCUGAUCUAAUUGCACAAUUCGAAGAACAGCGCAAAAAGAAAGAAGCAGCCACUACUGGUAAACGACAUGAAGAUAAAGAACAGAAGAAACGAAAAAGUUCAUCAGGUGGACCUUUAAUCUCUCACAAAAAAAAGAUGACUGAAGAUAAGAAGCCUGAAGGUUUUGAUAGAAAUUUGGAACCCGAACGAAUAAUUGGUGCAACAGAUUCGAGCGGGGAAUUAAUGUUUUUAAUGAAGUGGAAAGGAACAGACGAUGCAGAUUUAGUUCCUGCGCGAAUUGCCAAUGAAAAAUGUCCACAAAUUGUGAUAAAAUUUUAUGAAGAACGAUUGACAUGGCACAGUCCCACUCAUGAUGAAGAAAGUUCAGUAAAAGCUGAUGCAGAGUAGCGUCCAGCCUUCCGUUAUACAUACACAGCACGCUUUAGAAUUUGUCGUAUAUAAAAAAAAAAAGAAAA